AUGAAUCAUAUUCCUUGGGUUGCGGUGUGUGCCAUAACGAUUGCUACGCUGUGUCUUAUUGCUUCGGCUGCCAUUGUGGUGUCGUCUGAUGGGAGUGUUUCGGAAUGGGGUCUUCAACCUCAUGUCGUGCUUGGUGUGCUUAGUUCGGUUGCUACGGCUUCACUUGUUGUUUCGCUGUCUACUGGGGUUGCAAUCACUUGGUGGCAUGCGGCUCACGCUGGAACCGAAGCGCACAGUCUUCACUCGAUCUGGAGCUAUAGUCCAAUGGGCGGCGGCGCUUACUCCAUGAUACGGCACGGCUUCAAGAACAUGAACAAAGUUGCCGUGGCGUCGACCUUGACUGCAUUAGCAAGCAUUGCCUACAGUCCACUUCUCCAACGAUCUUCCGGUGUGACAUCAGCCGGGGUCAGUACGGAAGUGCCUAUGAAUCUUCACAUCGUCCAAAACUUAACGACCAACUAUACGGGAUAUGUCGAUACCGAUUUCUACGGUAACGUUGGAGUCCCCAAUGACUUCUCCGGUCUCGUUCAGAAGUGGUUCGGAGGCAACAAUACACAAGCUAUCAAUCAACCCGGCUUUGUCUGUGAUGGAACAUGUAUUGGCUCUGUGCCAAGUGCAGGAAUGUCGUAUACCUGCUCAAACAUAACAACUUCUAUUCCAUUGAAGCAACAAACACUGAACAGCAGCUUUUACGGCUUCAAUACCACAUAUGUCAGAAGUCUUGACGAGAAUCAGAACCCCAUAAUGCUCUUAACAGUCAACUAUAUCGACGGCGUAGACGAAAAUUGCAACGCAAACCUCAUCACCAAAACCUGCAACAUCUCGGCCGGGACAGUCGAUUUCCCCAUCAAAAUGGCAAACGCCAGCAUCCUCACCAACGAAAAGUCCCUACCGAUCCAGAACUUCGUCCCUCAUCCUUACGAAGGCGAUAGCCCCGACACCCUCAACGGAGAUAGCACCGGCCCCUUAGGCGGUCUCGUCUGGUUCGGCAUCAAUUUCUUCUGGGCCCAAGACGAAAUCGUCUACAAUAACGGCACCGGCUUCAUCGAUUACACAAACGGCACCAUGCCCAUCCAAUAUUUCGACUACUCCUACACCGCGCCCGACAAUCCGCAAUGCUCGUACCGAUGGCUGGACCCUUCUCCCGACAUCCUGAAUGCGUUUAGCGAGAUUCUGUUCUGGGCUUCUAUCGAUGCGGCGGAUGUCGGCGAGGCUCCGGUAACGUUCCAGGUUCUGCAGACGAAUGAUAGGUUGGUUUAUACGGCGGUGUAUUCGUAUUUGGUGGUCGCGAGUUUGAUGCUGGCGGCGGCGAUUGUGAGUGUGGCGGCGACGCUGUAUGGGUGGUGGCAUUUGGAUAGGGAGGUUUCGAUGAAUCCGCUGGAGACGGCGAGGGCGAUUAGGGAGGGGAUGUUUGAACAGAAGAGUGGGAGUGAGAGGGAGAUGUUAAGGUUGACGUGA